AUGUCACAGAGUGUAGGUGCGGAUGCGGUCGCAGCGCAGCGCGCACUCCUUGAAAAGCAGCUCGACACGCUCCGAACCCUCAAUGCAAAACAAGCGCCGACGGCUGCCGUCCAGUCCGAGGCCGCGCUCCUCCAAAACAUUGUCACGCAGCUUGCAGAGAUGAAUGUGUCCAAGAGUGCCAAGAAGGGUGGGGGCAAGAUCACGCUUAAAACGCCCAAAGGGACGCGCGAUUGGGACCCAUUGUCCAUGGCGCUCCGCAGGCACGUUUUUUCUACCAUCGAGCGCGUCUUCAACACGCACGGCGCAGUCACCAUUGAUACGCCCGUGUUUGAGCUGAAGGAGAUUUUGUCGGGAAAGUACGGCGAGGAUAGCAAGCUGAUCUACGAUCUGCAGGACCAGGGCGGCGAGCUUUGCUCUUUGCGCUACGACUUGACCGUCCCUUUUGCGCGCUUUGUCGCGAUGAAUCCCACAGAGUAUGGCAGCAUGAAACGCUACCACAUUGCAAAAGUAUAUCGGCGCGACCAGCCGGCCAUGAGCAAGGGUCGCUUCCGUGAGUUCUACCAGUGCGAUUUCGACAUUUCUGGCACGUACGACGCCAUGAUUCCCGAUGCCGAAGUCCUCUGCGUCCUCGUGGAGGUACUCGAAGCACUUGAUGUCGGUGCAUUUACCAUCAAGGUUAACCACCGCAAGCUGCUCGACGCAGUGUUUAGCAUCUGCGGUGUCCCCGACGAAAAAAUACGCUCCAUCUCGAGCGCGGUCGACAAGCUCGACAAGAGCCCUUGGGACGAGGUGCGCCGCGAAAUGGUAGAGGACAAGGGUCUUGACGAGGCUGUUGCAGACAAGAUCGGCAUCUAUGUCCAGCUGCACGGCAACCGCGAGCUCCUCGAGAAGCUCGAGGCCGACGCGGAUCUCACGCAGAACCAGCGCGCAUCGGAAGGCUUGGCAGAUAUGCGGCUCCUGUUCGACUACUUGGAUGUAUACGGUAUCCUUGGCCGCUUCUCCUUUGACCUGAGUCUCGCACGCGGUCUGGACUACUACACGGGCCUGAUCUACGAAGCAGUCACCGCCGCCAGUGCCCCGCCGGGCUUUACGGGUGGUGACGCGCCGGUCAUGCCCAAGAAAAGCAAGAAGGGCGACGAGGAGAUCGACGAGAGCACGGUUGGUGUUGGCUCGAUCGCCGCCGGCGGGCGCUAUGACAACCUGGUCGGCAUGUUUUCGGGAUCCAAGCGACCUGACGCAGUGCCUUGCGUGGGCGUCUCGGUCGGUGUAGAGCGUGUGUUUAGCAUCCUCAUGCAGCGCAUUAAAGAUGCGCAGGCGCGGGGCGAGCGCACCGUGCGGCAAAAAGAAGUCGACGUGUAUGUGAUGAGCAUGGGCGACGGUCUUUUGCUGGAGCGCAUGCGCGUAUCAAAAAUGCUAUGGGACGCCGGCAUCAAGGCGGAAUUCAUGUACAAGAAGAAGCCCAAGAUGCAGGCGCAGUUUGCCGUUGUGGACAAGGAGCAGGUGCCGUUUGCCGUGAUGCUUGCGCCGGGCGAAUGGGCCGAGGGCAAAGUGCGUGUGAAGCUGCAACUCGGCAGGGCAGAGGAAAGCGACAAAGGCAAAGAGGUACCGCUCGCAGAGCUUUCUACCUAUUUGCGGGAAAAAAUUUCAACGCUUUAA